AUGAUUUACAUGGAGUCCGAAUCUCACUACGAAUCUUGGAGUGCUUUGCCCCUCUUUGAUCGUGUUGCGUCUCCCGAUCAUGCCAAGGACUUUGUCUCACUCCCAAUCCCAGGCCCAGUCUCAGUGCCAGAUCUAAACGACUAUGAAUCACCAACUUUCGAAAUCGAUCUUCUAUCAGAAAAUUAUGAUUUCGACAACUUCCCCACAUACUGUCUACCAACGGUGGAUUCAACCAAGACAUUGUUCCCUGAAGAACCACCUUUUUGCUUCGAGGUUGACUUCGUGAACCCAGCCGUCGAGCAUUAUAUCACCACAUCCUCGGGCCUGUUGGACGCAGUGCCAAGCCAGCUUAUCGCCCUCCCCAGCUUCACACGGCCAAGCAAAUGUCCGUUCCCCAGCUGCAAAUCAACCACAAUAUUCGAAAGCGGACGCGACUUUCGGCGGCAUUACCGUCAACAUUUCAAGCGCUUCUUCUGUCGCUACCCAGAGUGUUCUCAAUCAACUCAAGACCUACAGGAAGUGGGCACCAAAGGCUUCGCGACUCGGAAGGACCGUGCUCGCCAUGAGUCCAAACACAAACCAACAGUGCGGUGCCCUUGGCACGACCAGGAAGGACAACAAUGUCUAAGGGUCUUCAGCCGUGUGGAUAACAUGCGGGACCACUACAGGCGGAUACACAAGUGUUGA